AUCGAUCUGAACUAAAGGGAAAUUAUAAAAUAAUAAACUUUACAAAAUGGUCCGCAAAUAAUUUAACUAAAAAAAUAUUGUUUACUUUUGAUACCCUCGCAAAACCUAGUAUUGGAUUUAUCGAUACCAUCGUGAGACCAGCAACAACAAAAAUGGACCGGCGAGAAGAUGCUCUGCUACAGGCCCUCGAUAAGAACGCCGGCGAAACGGAGCGCUGGCAGGCCUUCAAGAGCGAUAAUGAGAGCACCAUCCGGAAUCUGGACCUGUUCGCCCAGAAGCUCAGCGUGGAGGUUAUGGUGCCCAUUGGCCGAAAGGCUCUGAUGCCCGGCGAGCUGAUCCACACCAACGAGCUGCUGGUGGGCCACUACGAGGGCUACUUCUCCGCCUGCUCUGCCCACAAGGCCAGGGAGAUCUGCCGGCACCGCCUGAAACUGGCCGAGGAGCAGCUAAAGAAUCUGGAAGUCGAGUCCGAUCUCUGGCAAAACAAACUCAAUACUCCACUGGCGGAGGGAGCGGUGCCCAGUGGGGAUCAGGUGGAAAUCGUAGAGGAUUUCAACGAGGAGUCGCACAGCAAGUGGAUGACGGAGCACAGGGAGCGAGUGCGUCAGCAGAAGCAACAGGAGCGCCUCAAACGGCAGGCGGAACCUCCCGGAAGCGGUGAAGAAGUGCUGAGGAAGCUGGAAGAGCGUGAAAUGAUGGAGGAACUAGGCUUAGAUCCCGAUAAUGUCAACGAAGAGCAACUCCAAGACCUGAUCAAUGAGGAUCAAGCACCUCAGGAAGCUAGUAAAGAAAAGGUAACCCUCACGCCGGAGCAGGAGGCGGAGCUGUGGAAGAAGUUGGAAGCUGAGGAGCAGAACGAGGCUGCAGAGCUCAGUCCAGAAGCUGAGGAAAGCAUAAAGGGCACGGAUGACCUUGUGCGUCGGCUAAUGUCCGGAGCCACAGAAGCUCCUUGUGCCAAAAAACGUAUUGCAGGAGCCAAAGAGCCUGUGGAGAUUGAGAAACCCACCUCAGACGACGAGGAUGAUGAGGGUGACCAGGAAGAGGAGGUGCAAACCAUAAGGGAACAAAUGGCCCUACUGCCCAGCGAAGAGCGUGAGCCCUUCCUCAGAGAUCAACUACAAGUACUCAAAGCAAAGAUGAGGAAAAUACAAAAGGUGAACUUUAUCAGCGACGAGCUGAUUCACUUGAUGAACGUGGUGGUCAUGCUGGAGGACGACCUGCAGGACAUGAUAUUCGAGCAGCAAAUGGAGGCUAGCGAGGAAGAGGAGGUCGAUGAAAACAUACCGCCAGAGGAGCCCAUUCAAGAACCUGAAAUAGUACCUGAAGCCAGCAUAAACAAACGACGCAUAUCCUUCGCCCUGGCCGAUGAGAAGCUGGAGUUUAGAAGGGAGGAAACGGUGGCCGAAAUGCUGCCCAAUGCGAAAAAGAACUCCAGGGAUGUUAUAAAGCUGGAUGAACCAGUCAAAUCCCCAGUGACUCCCCGACCAAUUGCCAGUAAGAAAGAGCGGAUAACAAACUCUGAUAUCCUGCAAAAAGUUGAAAAAAACAUCGAGUUCGUCAAGGAGAACCAGAGUGUCCAGGACUUUGACUUGCUUAAUCGAAUUUUGGAAGAGUCCACUGGACGUAUUAACACUUUACACAUUAGUUUCACACAUUCCGACGCAGUGCCUUCUCCCAAAAGUGAUCAAGACGGUGCCAUACCUGGAAACCCAGGAGAUUUCUAUGAGAAAUAUGAAAAGGACCUGGCGCAGCAGAAUAGUACGUUUCCCAUUUAUGUAAAUGGCUUUGAGGGCGAAGAGGAGGUUAAGGUACCCAUAAUGAGCGAAGCUUCGCGUGGAUCAGCCUAUGAAGAUCCUAGAAGCCAGUUCUCCAAGCCAACUGCUGCUAAGGAAGAAUCAACUGUGCCCGAUCCAACAACCAAGUCAAUUCUGCGGAACAAAGAGGCGGUGGAGCUGGAGCCGCACAUUGUCAACCAACAGCCAAAGAAAGGCAAGAAGGGUAGGAAACAGAAGAAGAAGGAGCGCACCCUGGACGACGAUCUGCGCGAUAUGAGUGCCUACCAGAAGGUCAUGCACGAUCUCGUGGAGAAGGAGCCCACACAACCGGAGCCCCUGCCGAAGGGCAAAUUCAUUGACUCGCAUGCUCCCAAGAAGCGGGUUAGCCGCUUCAAGGAGCAGCGGGCCCUCAACAGAACGUAGCGAAGAGUAAAACUUCUGCUGGGCAUUACUAGUAUAUUUGUUCAAGUUUAAUGUGGAUUUGUAUUACAAACACAACGCAAAACAAUAAACAACUACUGGUGUGGUGUACAUUCGAUAUUAAAUUAAA